AUGUUUCUUGUGCUGUGUGUAUACAGUGAGUACAAAGGCCUGGUGAAGCACAGCGGAGGAUGUCACUGCGGAGCCGUCCGAUUCGAGGUUUGGGCGUCAGCUGACAUUCACGUCUUUGACUGCAAUUGCAGCAUAUGUGUAAAGAAGCAAAACAGGCAUUUCAUCGUACCUGCAUCACGUUUUACGUUGCUGAAGGGUGCUAAUAAUCUCACCACUUACACCUUCAACACCAAAAAAGCACAACAUACAUUCUGCAAAACGUGCGGAGUCCAGAGCUUCUACACGCCUCGCUCCAACCCUGAUGGCUAUGGAAUAGCAGCACAUUGUCUGGAUGAAGGGACAGUCCGUAGCAUCCAUGUGGAACAGAUCAAUGGGAAGGAGUGGGAGAAGGCUAUGAAAGAACACAAGACCAUUCGUAGCAUGUCAAAGUCCUGA